CUCCAUUUUGUAGCUACCUAGCUUUUUAGCAACUUUCGAUGUCCCACCUUUUAUAGCUUACAGGGCAUAUUUGUCUAUUUCCAUUCGUGUUGGACUAAAACAACGAUUUUUUCAAGAUGGGGGGCGGUGAUUUGAACUUGAAAAAGAGCUGGCACCCCCAGACUAUGAAAAACAUUGAGCGCGUUUGGAAAGCUGAACAGAAACAUGAGGCUGAACGCAAGAAGAUUGAGGAGCUCCAGAAAGAGCUGAAAGAGGAACGAACCCGUGAAGAAAUGACCAGAUAUGCAGAGGAAACUGGUGCCAUCAAAAAGAAGGAUGAUCGCCUGGACUGGAUGUACCAGGGCCCUGCUGGCCAGGUGUCCAGAGAUGAGUAUCUUAUGGGACGUCCCAUUGACAAGCAGAUCACUGACCAAUACGAGGAGCCCGAGAGUGGUCCAUCGGCGGAGACGGGCCUCCUGCCUGGGUCCAUCUUUAACCCCACCACUCCCGCCUCCAACCUCGACCUGGCUGCCAAGAUCAGGGAAGACCCCCUAUUUGAAAUCAGGAAACGUGAGGAAGAAAAGAAGAGAGAAGUCUUGACUAAUCCUGUGAAGAUGAAGAAAAUUAAAGAAAUGCUGCGCCAGAAUCUCGACAAGAAAGACAAGAAGAAGAAGAGGAAGAAGGAUAAAAAGGAGAAGAAAGGAGACAAAGAGAGGAGAAAGGAGAAGAAGCACAAGAGACGGAGUUUAAGUUCAAGCUCAAACGAGGAAGAUGAGAAAAAUCACAGGUCACAUUCACGAAAUGACUCUUCUGCAGAUACCAAGUUUCGUUCCCAUCAUCUUCCGGGCUACGGCCUACAGCUCCCCGCCGGCAGACAUCACCAGUCCUCAGCUCCCUCCAACCACUCAGGGCGCCGUGAGAGGAGCCGCUCUCGAUCGCCUCACAGGAACAACAGGGAAAGCCAUUCCUACUCUUCUCUUUCACACAGAGGUGACAGGAAGGUUGAACCUAGAGCUGGCAGCCCACAGAGAGAGCGCUACCACAGACAGAGGCACCCUGUGUCCAAGAAGCUCUCUACAGAAGAGCUGGAGCGCAAGAGGCAGGAGAUGAUGGACCAGGCCAAGCAGAGGGAGGAGGACAGGGAGAAUAACGUGAAGAGAUACAAGAGGCAAGAUGAGCAGGAAAAGCAGCGAGAACAAAAUGUUAAGCAUGACCACCACGCUGGCUUCAUUCAUAACAUGAAGCUGGAGAGUGCUGCCAGCUCAUCCUUAGAGGACAGAGUGAAGAGAAAUAUCCACUCGAUUCAGAGGACGCCAGCCUCCCUGGACAACUUCAUGAAGAGAUGAAGACAUGAGACAUUUAUCUUACAGAUAGACUGAACUGAUUGAAAAGGCUUGGCAAGAGUAUGCCAGCCACUCCUUUAUGUGUCUCAUUAAUGUAUUGAGGCAGAUAUGGAUGUACGUAUUAAUGCAUUGAGGUUGGAUGGUGUGUUGGAAGUCUGUUGUCAAAUGAGGAACCACAUGGCUCAUGCCUACCCAUGACUUUUAUUUUGAAAAGCAGUUUCCACAGUGGUUUCAUUUUCAGACAAAUGCUAAAGGGCUGUCGUGGCUGGUCCGUUCUAGUUACUUUCCUGAACGCCAAUACACCUUUAAAGUAAUCUGAACUUUGUACAGUAUAUAGUUUUUGUUUUUACACUAUAAUGGGACCGCUUUUAUUCCCAAAGUUUUUGUAAUAUAUGUUUGUUAUUUAGUGCACACCUGUGAGUAGCAACUGGAAUAAAAACACAUUUCCAGAA